AUGUCGUCGUCGUUCCUCAAACAAGGCAAUCUCUGCUCCCGCUUUUCCCUUUCUUCUGCGCUCCAAAUCCCACGUUUGCGCCAUCUCCUUCACUUCUUCUUCUCUCAUGUUGCAGAGGGGGAGCAGGUUGACACUUCCACACCUGCAAAAUCAGGUUUUGUACACCCUACUGCUGUUGUUCACCCCGAUGCCCUCAUCGGCCAGGGUGUUUCGAUUGGUCCCUUUUGUUCUGUUAGCUCCUCUGCAAAGCUGGGAAAUGGUUGUCAACUAUAUCCUGGAAGCCAUGUUUCUGGAAGUACAGAGUUAGGGGACAAUUGCACGUUGAUGACUGGUGCUGUGGUUGGUGAUGAUUAUCCUGGAUGUACCGUCAUUGGAAGCAAUAACACAAUAGGAUAUCAUGCUGUAAUUGGUGUCAAAUGUCAAGACAUGAAAUACAAGCCAGAGGAUGAAUGUUUCCUGGAAGUUGGAGACAAUAAUGAUAUUAGGGAACAUACUUCAAUCCACCGAUCUUCAAAAUCAACUGAUAGGACGGUUAUUGGUAAUGACAAUUUUAUAAUGGGGUCAUGUCACAUAGCCCAUGAUUGCAAGAUUGGUAGCAACAAUAUUUUUGCUAACAGCACUCUUCUAGCUGGGCAUGUCGAAGUGGAAGACUAUGUUCACACUGCAGGAGCAACUGUUGUGCAUCAAUUCUGUCGUAUUGGCUCUUUCUCUUUUCUUGGUGGAGGUUCAGUGGUUACACAAGAUGUCCCAAAGUACAUGAUGGUAGCAGGAGAAAGAGCUGAGCUUCGUGGUCUAAAUUUAGUGGGCCUUACACGAUGUGGAUUCAGCAAUGCAGAGAUCAGAAACCUGAGAACAGCUUAUCGAAAAAUAUUCAUGUCCGUUGAUGCAAAUGUUGGGUCUUUAGAAGAAAGGAUGGCAGAAGUGGAGCUACAUGGUGAAUUGGUUCACGUUCCUGCUGUCCGUGCUAUGUUGCAGUCCAUUCGCAACUCAUUUGCAGAAAAUCGUCGUGGAAUAUGCAAGUUUAGACACUGGAAUGUCUCGAAGCUUGCUGAGGUUGCUUAA